UGGCGCCUUCCCCUCAGCACAAUGCAAGCUAUGGAGGGCGUGAAGGAGGGGCACGGGAACAGCCUGAGCUCAUGGAAGAAGCUCGCCCUUGCUGUCGGGCUCCCAGUCGGGGUCACCGUCGGGUACAUCCUCUACCAGCAUUUCAGAAAGGCCAGUGCUGAGGAGGAGAGAACAGAAGAGGUGAGGAUGAAAGUUCCUCUGGAAGUGUAUAGGUCCAUCGGCAGAUACCAGGCCACCUUUCUGGACAUGGUGGGGCAGCAGUCAGGAGCUCAGGUGAAGGUGCUGGCAGACACUCAGGAUGCGAGCGCAGUCUGUUUCCAGCUACAAGGCUCUGCUGAGCAGGUGUUCUUGGCCAAGUGUGCCCUGGACAAACUGGCCUCCGACAGCGAAGUCAUCGCUGAUGUUAUGGAAGUGCCCCAAACUGCCUUUGGGCGAAUCAUAGGGCGUGGAGGAGAGUCCCUGAAGCUGAUUUGCCGGACAUCAGGAGCGAGAGUGACCUGCCCCCGGGAUAGGGGUCGUAACCUCGGGGAGAAAGGCAAGAUCUCCAUCAUGGGGACACGUCGCGAGGUGCUGAACGCAAGGGAGAUGAUCAUGGAGAAGGUGUUUGAGAAUGAGGAGGUGCGGAGGCGAAUCUCCCAGGCCUCGGCUCUCCGUCAGAGGAGGAGGCCCCCGGAGGUGGAGGCUCAUGGAAGCCAGCAGGCUGAGGUGGUGCCAAAACUGGAACCAUUUGUUGGGGAGAUGAAGCCCUCUGAGAGUGGCACAAAGGCCAUGGGACUGGUCCAGGUGAACGGGACCCUCGGCCUUUCUUCUGUUGAUCACGUGGCACUGAAGGAGUCGUCCAAACCUGUGUGUGAAGACGGAGACCACACCUCAGUGUCUCCCCUUGGAGUUUCGAAGUUUGAAAUCCCCAGCCCAGACCUGAGCUUUCAGCCAGACGAGCACCUGGAGGUGUACGUGUCGGCAGUUGCGAACCCGCAGCACUUCUGGAUCCAGAUCCUUGGCGUUCGAUCACUGCAGCUGGACAAGCUGACCGUUGAAAUGAGUCGCUUCUACAACAACAGCACGAAUGAACAAAUGGUGCAAGCCGUGGUGCUUGGGGAUAUAGUGGCUGCACCCUACCGGGACCAUGGCACCUGGAACCGGGCCAGGGUGCUAGGAGUUCUGGAGGAUGGUUUGGUUGACCUGUACUAUGUGGACUUCGGCGACAACGGUCAACUACCCCCUGAGAGCCUGCGGCCAAUGAGAAGCGAUUUCUUGAGCCUUCCCUUUCAAGCAAUUGAAUGCAGUCUGGCAGGUGUAUGUCCUGCAGGUGACACAUGGACAGAAGCAGCCCUGAAUUACUUUGACCAGUUGACCUAUUGUGCUCAAUGGAAACCAUUGCUUGCAAAACUGUGCAGUUACUCUCAUUCUGAUAUUUCCUCCUGGCCCAGAGUCCAACUGUAUGACAACGGCCAUGGCAAGGCACUGGAUCUGGGUGAGGAGCUAAUCCGGCAGGGCCACGCCAUGCGCUGCCUGGACUCAGGUGACGGAACUCUGCGGGGGGAGCGGGAUGACCCUGGUUCUCUGCAGAAGAUGCUGGAUGAUGUGACUGGAGCCACCUCCGAGCUCAGUCUGUCCUGCAUCAGUCUGUCAGAAGUUGCCUCAAUCUCAGGAAGUGUAGAUGACGUUAUUGAAGUUGAAUCCAUCUGAAACCAAAGACAAAUGGUAUAUCCUGCUUCGCACAGCUGCCUUCUGGACAGUGUUGCAGCCUUGCAUUGUGACCGCUGACCUGUGACACAAUGAUUGCUCCUAACAGCCUAUGCCUAAAUAUAUUGCAGAGAGGGGAUGCAUUUCACUGUGCUGCUUGUUCCCAACUCCUUUGUUCCCAGCUGAUCUACGAGUACAAAGUAUUCUCUUGGUCAUCAUUGGUCCAGGAUCAAGCAGGGUGUGGAUUGGGAGCAAUGUAGCUAUAUGGAGUGCAACCUGGAUGCCCUCUCAUGGCGCACUCGAGCAAGCAUGAGCGUAGACCUCUUUGUCCAUGUGUUUUUGAAGUGUUCUCAUGUUUAUUUGUGGGGGAGUGGGAAAAUGCACUUAGAAAAACAACCACAAAAUAUAAUUGUAUAGGUAUAUGUGUAUUGAGCACUUAUUUAUUUUGGUUGAUGCAGUAAAUACAGAUUAGUCCAAGAUAUAUAUUUUAUGCCUAAAUAUGUUUCACUGUCCCUAUCAUGUUCAGCCUUCAAUUCUGAUACUUGCUCAGGUCCGGUUUUUCAUUUCCCUGUAGCAAGUUGUUAUCAGGACAUUUGUGUAUUCUAUUUUGGAAUUGUAAAUUAUUUGGAUUUGUUCAAAGAUGUGUGUUUUUGCUUACCAUCUCCAUAUUUUAUUGAUUUAAAUGUAUAAUAAAAAUUCAGUGUUCAUUUAUAGACCAAU